UUAGACAUAAUUGCUUGCCUUGCACGAUGUUACACAACGCGAGUAUGAUUAUAUUAAACGCAUUCUUAUAUAUACGCUUACAUUAAGCAGCUACACAUCUAGUAAUAAACGUCCGGAAGCGGACACAUUUGGACGUCCAGGGACGGGCAGAAAAGACGUGGAAAUCACGUUCAGAUGACGUCAAAGACGUCGGUUCAACUUUCAUUUUGGAACUAUUUUUCAACCGUGACGGGACGUGUCGGAAUUACGUCUUUUCAACGGUCACUAAACGUCCAAAUGUUUAUUGGGUAAUCACAAUAACCACCACAAGCAACGCAUUCUCAGUGUACUGGAUCAGCCAAAAAACGUGUAUAAAGGAGUUCUGAAGGAUUACACUGGAACGGAUGUGACCCCACAGAACUUCCUGAAUGCUCUUCAAUCGAAUGAGUGCACUGAUAAGAAAGUCAUAGACAGUUGUAAAGAUGACAACAUCUACAUCUACAUGACCGGUCUAGGGACGGAAAGCACGUUUGAAUUUCCUGAGGAGUCUCUUCAUGCCAGUGAAUUCAUUGCAGCAAUUCAGAACAUGACUGACAAGAAUAAAUUCUCCAAGAUGAUCAUAUUCGUGGACAGGAGUUAUUCUGCAAACUUGUUCAAAAAACAAUUGACUGACAAUGAGAAAGUCUUUGUGUUGACUUCAUGUUCUCGAGGUACUGAGAUCACUCCCACUGAUUAUAACAAGAAGAUAGACGUCUCCCUCUCUGAUAAAUUCUCAUCUACUUGGUUCCACUUCCUUGAGCAGGCUGACUAUACUGAAAAAACAUUCCAUGAUCUGUCGGAUGACAAACAAUCUAAAUACAUCGUGGACCAUCCUGAUGCCUGUCCCUGCUUUUUUGGGAAACUGGUACUAAACUUUCAAAAGUUUAACUUGUUUCAUAAAUGUGUUUAUUUUUUGCCUUUAGGACGUGAAGAAGCAUUACCUCAGUGAGUUUCUAUAGA